GUCUGACAGAGAUGCUGUCUGGUGUGGUAGAGGAGGUGAGGCUGGCUAUCCACAGUGACAUCAGUGGGUCUGAAGUCCUCUACAGCCUUCUCAGUGCCCCCUGGCUACAGUUCCUACUCAAGGUCUACGAGUGUCUGCAGAAGUUCAGAAGGUUUCCACCCAGUCCCUACCUGCCUUAUGCCUCUGGUCUCUCUCACGAGAUCCUGUCCAACAUCAGAGCAGUACCAGCCCCGUCCCCAGAGGCCAGACAGCUCUAUAGUCUAUUGAAGUCCCCCCAUCUACAGGCCCUCCUCUCAGCCCAUGACAUGGUGGCCCAGAGGGACUAUGAGCCAGUCCUCCCUCCGCUCCCUGAGGACCUGCCGGAGGACGAGGAGGCCAUGCGGAUCGUCUGUCUGGUCAAGAACAAACAGCCUCUGGGAGCCACGAUAAAGAGGGACGAGGAAACAGGAGAGAUAUUCAUAGCCCGGGUGAUACACGGAGGCCUUGCAGAUCGCAGUGGCCUUCUGCAUGCAGGGGAUCUGCUGGUGGAGGUGAAUGGGAACCCUGUAGAAGGACUGGACCCAGAACAGGUCAUACAGAUACUGGUCCAAUCUCAAGGCACAAUUUUGUUCAAAGUGAUUCCAAACACCCCACAAUCAACUAAGAGCCAACAGCCACUGUAUGUGCGGGCCAUGGCAGACUACUGCCCCCUGCAGGACCCAGCUAUCCCCUGUCCUGACGCUGGCAUGGUCUUCAGUAGAGGAGACCUGCUGGAGAUAGUUGACCAGACAGACAUCCACUGGUGGCAGGCUAGGAAGCUGCCCAGUGCCUCAGCCUGCGCCGGCCUCAUCCCCUCCACCAGUCUGCUCAAGAGCAAACAGAGGGAGACGUGGUGGUCACAGCCUUUCCAGGCCCACACCUGCAUCAAACCCUUGAGCAUGGCUGGUAAUGAGGACGACGUUAAGACCAACAAUGGGAAUGGUGCCAUAGCAGCGGGAUUCCGGCGUAGCUUCCGUCUGUGGCGGAGGAUGACCCACCGUAAGCGUCGCCAGUCCUGCUCCCGUUCUCCCAACACCCCGGCUCUGUCCAGCCCCUAUGAAGAGGUGGUCAGCUACCAGAGACGACCUGACGACCCGCACAGACUGAUCAUCCUCGUAGGUCCUUCUGGUGUAGGGGUGAAUGAGCUGAGGAAAAGACUGAUCAAACUCAACCCACACACCUUCCAGGGAGCUGUGCCUCACACAACGCGACCAGCCAGAGAUGGAGAGGGGACUGGUAAAGAAUAUAACUUCGUCACCAAAGAACUGUUUGAUUACAUGGUGUGCAACCACAGGUUCCUGGAGUACGGUGAAUAUAAAGGCUAUCUAUAUGGGACCAGUAUUGAUGCUGUCAGAGACGUGAUAGACAGUGGGAGGAUGUGUGUUAUUGACAUUGAGCCACAUAGCAUCCUGUCCGUGAGGAAUAAGAAGUUCAAGCCUUAUGUCGUUUUUAUAAAGCCUCCCAGUACAGAACGACUGAGACAGACACGGAGGGAUGCACGCGUCAUCACCAGCUAUGUUGUCAACAGACCUUUUAAAGAUGUUGACUUUGAGGAGAUGGAGGAUGCUGCCAGGUUCAUGGAGGGGAAGUACGGUCAGUACUUCGACCACGUCAUAGUCAACGAGGAGCUGCAGGAUGCCUGUAUGCAGCUGUUCAAUACCAUACAGCUGGCUCAGGAGGGACCACAUUGGAUACCUGCCGCAUGGCUCAGUACUGAGGACUAG